CAUGACGUCACUCAAGAUAAUUACGGAAGUGAAUCGGGCGACGAAACAGACAGAAACCCAAAUAAGUUGGUGUGUGCGCUUCAUUGGUAUUUACAGGUAGUCCAUCAUCAUCAUGCUGGGAGGAGGAUUCAAAGCAGAGAGGCUAAGAGUCAACCUCCGGCUCGUCAUCAACCGACUCAAACUCCUCGAGAAAAAGAAAACUGAGCUUGCUCAAAAAGCGAGGAAGGAGAUUGCAGAUUACCUGUCAUCUGGAAAGGAUGAGCGGGCACGUAUCCGUGUGGAGCACAUUAUCAGAGAAGACUAUCUGGUGGAAGCCAUGGAGAUCCUGGAGCUCUACUGUGACCUGCUGCUGACUCGCUUUGGCCUCAUUCAAUCCAUGAAGGAACUGGACCCAGGCUUACAGGAGGCAGUGUCCACCCUCAUCUGGGCAGGUCCUCGCCUCCAAUCAGAGGUGUCUGAACUAAAAAUUGUAUCUGAGCAGCUGUGUGCAAAAUAUAGCAAGGAGUACGGCAAGCUGUGCAGGACAAACCAGAUCGGCACAGUCAAUGAUAGGCUGAUGCACAAACUGGGUGUGGAGGCCCCUCCCAAGAUCUUGGUGGAGCGCUACCUGAUAGAGAUCGCCAAGAACUAUAAUGUGCCGUAUGAGCCUGACGCCAUGGUCCGGCCUGAAGUGUGUCCUGGAGAGGAGGCAGACCUGAUUGAUGUGGGCUUUGAUAAGAAGACUGGAAGAGGAGGAGGAGGCGGAGGUGGUGGAGGAGGCGGAGGCUUCACUGCUCCUCCUGGUGCUAUGCCCAUGCCCAUGCCUAUGCCCAUGCCUAUGCCAACAGCUUUCAACUAUCCACCUCCCAAAGGAGCCGAACCAUAUAAUGCUCAAGUCGGAACCUACGACAACUUCUCGCACGCCAUGGGAGGAGGGCACCCCCCUCAGCUGCCCAGUUGUCCCCCCACAUAUGAGUCUAUUGACGACCUAACUGACAAACCUUCUGUUCCUUCCCAGGCCGUAGGUCCUGGCCCUUCGUCUCAGUUCUUUGACAACCACGCUCUCCCAGAACUCCCCUCUGUUCCCGACACACUCCCCACAUCCUCCUUCGGCGGCAGGAACACCACCACCUCGGAUGACAUCGACUUUGACGACUUGACGCGGCGGUUCGAGGACCUGAAGAAGAAGACCUAAACGCUAUCUCCCUGGUCUAUACACACGCAUACACACACAGGCCUGUGCCGUCAUCUACGCAGCUCAGAACAGGAAAUGAAAAAGGUUAAAGGCUCUGCAUCAGAUUCGGAUAGAUCCUCUUCCCCUUACAUAGAUAUUAAACAUACAUGUAUUCUUACCUCAUUUGUAUAAAAAUGAAAUGUCAGUUAACAGAAAUCUCAUCUCUGUCAGCUGCACCAGUGAGUACCACAUGUUUCAGCUCCUUUCUACAAGGCACAUAAUAUAUAUUCUUACAUGCAAUCAUGGGUGACUCCUGUUCACUCUUUCUCAUUUAAGGUCACACUGAUUUUUAACUUUUCCCAUUUUGUCUGUGUGUGUGUACUGUAUAACCAGACUUAGAUUUUAAUUGUUGCUUUUCUCUUUGUUUUUUUUUUCUGGGUAUGAUGAAUAUUUACAGUAUAUGCCUUGCUUCUACUUUGCACAUGCGGUGUCGCUGUGAUCUUUGCCAUUGUGUCACUCAGUCCUGUCUCACACUGGUCUAACUAGUCCGACCGGCCGCCCCAGUCUGAUGGGGAGCUGGCAUUCACAUUGACAAAAGGCUACACAUUGUUUCAGAGGCAAGGCAUUUUUUUUGCAUGAAGGAAUCGGGGCAGAUGAAAGCCAUAUAUAUAUUCAUGCAGUACAUUUUUAACACUCCAAGGUUUAUAUUCAAGAAAUAAGGGUGUACGAGCCCUCCAGGAAAAUCUCAAGGUAACGCAUGUCAGACCUGUUACAGCGGUGGUGGGGCACAGAUGUAAAGUGAUUACACAGUGUAUGGAAAUCUGUAAUAUAAUACAUUUAGGUUAUAUAGACAGACGUAUUUACAUGAAUAAUUGAACUGUACAGUAGUAGGGAGUUGUUCAAUAUUUGACAUAUCUGUUUAUAUACAGUUAUCUCCAAAUAGAAAUUGUUUUUUUUACCCCUUUUGAAUGUCAGAUUUACCAAAUACCUGCACUUCUUAUUGUUGAAGUCCCUAAUUUACAAGCAAAUGUGUGAGAGCAGCCACACUGACACCCGAUUUGAUUAAUUAGAUGUAAAUAUUGACCCCAGAGGUGAUAAGUUUGUGUUGUCCUCUGUGAUUGUGCGUGCAUGUGUCUUAACCUGUAUGUGCACCACUGCAUUUGCCUUAGUUACCAUCUCUCAUCAGAGGCCUUGCCAGUCUGUACCAGGAUUACACAUUUGUUGUCCAUGAAGACUGGGUACAUGUUACCUGUUUUGGCUCUUAGUUGAUUACACUUUGCUUUAUUCGUUUUUGCCCAUAAAAUAAUAUCUAAAAAUCUGUUCAGUUGAGACCUAACCACACGCAGCUCUGCUUGCAUGGCAAAAUGGACGGUGGCCUUGAAUCCCAUGAUCUCUGGAGGGCAAAUUAAAAAGCUUUCCAGCCGCGGGAUAGACACAGUGUGUUGAUAGGUUUUACACGUAUUGAAGAAAGUAGAGGGAGAUUAUUAACACUACAGAACUGUGAUCUGCUCACUGUCUUUUCUAUGUUGGACUGUUCUUUCAUGCUGAACAUUGAGACACAAAACGAUGUCCUGUUGCAAAAAAAGAGUAGUUUUUUCCACUGUAUACUAAAAUAACGAUUUAAUAAAAGAUUAUUUGGAACUGGAA